AUGGUGUCGAUAUUGUCGGCCCGCUGGUUCGGAGAAGAAAGACCUCCGUUACCUCUUGGCACACAUGUCAUCGCGCCGCAUAUCGUCCUCGCUCUGCUACUCGCAGUCAAACCUCGACCCUAUCUCUCACUCAGGCUUUCCGCAUGGGUUGCUCUCACGGCCGCGCUAUCGUACGCCACAAGAAUCGAUACCGGUGAUGAUUUCGACAAUUGGAGCGUCGGCAUACUGCUUAUAUGUCUAUCGUUCACCGCAUUCGUACUCCUCGUCUUAUGGGACCCGGUCGUCGAUUACCGGCAUGAAAGCUGGCAGCCCGAGCAGUCUAUGUCCCGCAUGCCUUUCUGGAAGCGGACGGGCAUUGGAUGGAAUUACCAGAUUCCGCACCUUCCUCCGCGUCCGACCCAUACCAGGCCCCAGUUCGUUGUGAGCCGGACUUUUCGAGUCGUCUGGUACAUCUUCAUUGCCGACAUCGCUCAGACCUACAUCGGCACCAACCCGCUUUUCAGUCUUUCGGGAGACACAGCCAGAUCGAUGAGGUCUCAAGGGCCACUUCUGAUGCUGCCCAACGUGACAGCUUACAUGGCGAUUUCCUAUUGUACCUUGAACAUUUACUACGAUGCAACUGCAAUUUUCGCAGUUGCCUUCGGAUUCUCAAGAGCGAAGGAUUGGCCAGUAGUAUUCGGUAGAUGGAGAGAGGCGUACACCGUCCGGCGAUUCUGGAGGUACUUCGCAUCAGCGAUAGGCAAGGCAAUAGCUCGGAACAUGGGCUGCAUGCCUGGAUCACGGCUCUCCUCGCAAGUCCAACUCUUCAUUGGUUUCGCACUGUCAGGCCUUGCCCACGUCCAUGGCGAUCUGAUGCUACACCCGCAAUGGGUGGGGUACUCGUUCCCAUUCUUCAUGUAUCAUGCCGCCUUCAUCACUCUCGAAGAUUGCAUGAUCUCGACAGGCAGACGCUUGGGCAUUCGGGAAAGCUGGUGGACGAGAGGUGUGGGCCACGUCUGGACGUACGGAUGGCUGAUAUAUGCGCUUCCGUGGUUGAACGACUGGCACCUUCGUGCAGGUAUGGGUACUCAUCGUAUCUUCAGGUUCUCGAUCAUCAGGCCUCUGCUAGAGUGGGUCGCUGCAUCGUGGGGCGUCGACAUCAUUUCCUGGAUUGCGUUGAAAUGUGCCGUGUAACAGAUAUCGUGACGUAGAGCUUGAGUGUCAUGCUUAGUUUCAUUGCGCACAGCCUUGCACUAUGCGAGCAUAAAACCUGUUACUUCUAGUGUUCAGAGUGGCGCAACGGAUCGAUACUUUACGUGAUAUUGGCUCCUUCUAGGAUUCAAGUGGAAUUCUUCUCGUUUGCGCUGUACGGUUCGCUAACCAUCGGGAGGACCAUCGUAAGCUGUGUUGCUACAAAUCUG